AUGGGCUCGCUGGCGGCGAAGCGGCUGCUCACCGCGGCGGCGCUGACGCGCAGCCGCGGCGGCGGCGCGCUGGCGCUGCUGGCGCAGACUCGCGGCGGCGCGUCGCUGGCGCUGGCGCUGCGCGCGGGCGCGGCCCGGUCGCCGGCGGCGCCCGGCCGCCGCGCCGACGGGCGCGGCUCGUCGUCGUCGUCGUCGUCGUCGUCGUCGUCGUCGUCGUCGUCGUCGUCGUCGUCGUCGUCGUCGUCGUCGUCGCGGCGCCGCGGCGUCGCGGCGACGGUCGCGCUCGCGGGCGGCGCGGCGGCGGGCUGCGAGGCGGCCGACGACCGCGAGGCGCUCAUCGCCGGCUGGGAGGCGAAGCAGGGCGAGCACGCGUGGCUCGAGGAGGUGUCCGGCGACGCCGCGCUCGGCUGGGCCAAGGCGCAGAACGAGGCGACGUUCGCCGCGCUCGGCGACCCGGCCGCGUCGCCGACGUACGGCCGGAUCCUCGAGGUCCUCGAGUCCAAGGAGAAGAUCCCCGGCGUGAGCAAGAUCGGCGACUUCUACUACAACUUCUGGACCGACGAGGCCAACCCGCGGGGCCUCCUGCGGCGCGUGCCGUCGCUCGAGGCCUUCCGGUCCGAGAACCCGCCGUGGGAGACGGUGCUCGACGUCGACGCGCUCGGCCGGGCCGAGGGCGAGUCCUGGGUCUACAAGGGCAGCGCGAGCUGCCGCGAGUACGACGAGAAACACCGGCUCGUCGGCUCGCCGACGCGGACCCUCGUGUCCCUGUCGCCCGGCGGGAGCGACGCGAUCGUGCGCCGCGAGUUCGACCUCGCGGCCAAGGCGUUCGUCGGCGGCGACGCCUUCGAGCUCCUCGACCCGUCGAAGAGCCGGUGCUCGUGGCUCGACCGCGACACGCUCUUCCUCGGCGCGGACCUGAAGGACGGCGACCUCACGAGCAGCGGCUACCCGCGGACGGUCCGCGAGUGGACGCGCGGCACGGACCCCAGGGACGCGCCCGUCGUCUUCGAGGGCGAGGCCUCGGACGUGUCCGUCGGCGGCUACGUGAGCCGGAGCCGCGGCGCGGCCUUCGAGUGGCGCUAUCGCGCGACGACGUUCUACACGACCAAGAAGCAGGUGCGGCGCCACAGCGCCGCGCGCGACGGCGUCUGGCACCGGCUCGACGCGCUCGGCCUGCCCGACGACGCGCAGGUGUCGCACCUCGGCGACCAGCUCCUCGUCGAGCCGCGGUCGGACCUCGUCGCCGGCGGCACGACGUACCCCGCGGGGUCCUACCUCGCCGUGGGCUUCGACGACUUCGUCGCCCGCGGCGUCCGCGGCGCCAAAUUCGAGCCGCUCUUCGUGCCGAGUGCGAAGACGUCGCUCGCGUCCGCGGCCGCGACGCGCGACCGCCUCGUGCUCACGGUGCUCGAUAACGUGCGGACGCGCCUCGUCUUCCUCGAGCCCGUCGAGGCCGGCGGCGCCACGACGUGGCGCGACGCGGGCAGCGAGGCCGCGCCGAUGAUCCGCGGCGUGUCCGCGUCGCCCGUCGACGCCGAGGAGUCGAACGCCUACUUCCUGCGGACGUCGACGUACCUCGAGCCGUCGACGCUCGCGCUCGCGGAUGCGGUGGCGGGCGCCGCGGGCGUCGCGAACGCCGAGGUCAUCAAGGCGCUCCCGGCCAUGUUCGACGCGGCGGGCAAGGAGGCGUUCCAGGGCGAGGCGACGUCCGCCGACGGCACGAAGAUCCCCUUCUUCUGCGUGCGCACGGCGGGCGCGCCGCCGGAGACGCCGUGCCUGCUCUACGGCUACGGCGGCUUCGAGAUCAGCAACACGCCGGGCUACGGCGGCACGAUCGGCGCGGGCUGGCUCGAGCGGGGCGCGACGUACGUCGUCGCGAACAUCCGCGGCGGCGGCGAGUUCGGCCCGAAGUGGCACCAGGCGGCGAAGCGCGAGAAGCGCCACGUCUGCGUCGACGACUUCGCCGCCGUCGCGAAGCACCUCGCGGCGACGGGCGUCGCGACGCCCCAAUCCAUCGGCGUCCGCGGCGGCUCGAACGGCGGCCUCCUCGUCGGCAACUUCAUGGUCCAGCACCCGGACCUCUGCGCCGCGGUGGUCUGCGCCGUGCCCCUCCUCGACAUGAAGCGCUACUCGCACCUCCUCGCGGGCGCGUCGUGGCGCGGCGAGUACGGCGACCCGGACACGGACGACUGGGCCUUCCUCAAGUACAACAGCCCCUACCACAACGUCCGGCCGGGCACGGCCUUCCCGAAGCUCCUCAUGACGACGUCGACGAAGGACGACCGCGUCCACCCCUACCACGCGCGGUCCUUCGUCAAGCGCCUCCAGGAGACGGGCGCGCCAAACAUCUUCUACUACGAGAACAUGGAGGGCGGCCACGGCGGCGCCGCGGACGCGAAGCAGAGCGCGUUCGUCACGGCGCUCUACCAAGAUUUCCUCUUCGACGCGCUCUCGCCCAAGAAGUAG